AUGCGUCUGGGGCGCUACCUGCUAUACUUGAUUCUGCUGAUACUUGCUGGAUAUCAUUCCAUCGUUCAUGCAGCUGAUGCCACAGUAUCUUCCUCAUGGAGAAACUCGACGGUGGGUGCUGCGGCGGUAUUGGACCUUGUGCUCACGACGGGGGACGAUCCUCUGCUCCCAGCGGAUGCACUGCUCGAAAUUCGCGUCGGCUCGCAGUUUACCGUUGCGUCUGACGCUAGCGUGGACGAUGCAGUGCUGAGAGAGACAUUGGACGGCACUUGGAGUGUCACGGUGGACACAAAUGCGAAUAAGCUGACCGUGCAGCGCAGUGGAACUGGAACGGAAGUGACUUCCGGUACCCAGCUACGAUUCAAAUUGACGGGUAUCACAAAUCCUACUCGUGCUGGUCGAGUUAGUGUCGGGACGAUGGAGAUUUCGGAUAGUGGAGCUCAGUUUACGCGGACUUUGCAGUUGCCGAUGAUGGAGAUUGAGCCCGGAACGAUUUGGAAUGCACAGCUGGCACUUUCAAACUUACUAAGUGGUAGGAGUGUGUCCGUAAUGGCUCACAUGACGCUGUCACACGUUGUGCCGAAUGACGGGGCCAUUGCUGUGUAUUUGCCGUACAUGUAUGGAUCGUUACCGGGUGUCACCUUGUCAAGUAUUGCUGGAUUAAACGGUGAUUUUACGAUUUCGACGAAGAAUAAUGCGAUUUGGAUUAAGCGAGAUCUCGGCUCUGGAACGGACAGUGCGGAGAUGCAGGACGUGGCCAUUGUGCUGAAAGGGAUCAUUCACCCGUUGUUGGAGGGUCCACUAGGUCCAUCUGUUCUCUUGCAGACACUGGAUUCAGCUAACCGCAUCAUCGACCAGGCGUAUGUGGACACGUCAGAUAAUGUCCUUGCGAAAGCACGCGUAGUGUUUAGCAGUUUGAGUCUUCCAGUGACUGAAGGCGAUGCUACAGGUGGGCAUUACACGGUCUCAUUGAGUGCGCCACCUUAUGGAAAUACUGCGCUAACACUUGCAGUGGGAGAUUCUACUUCAAGAGAGAAGCUAACGCUUGAUCCGGAGUCAGUAAUAUUUUCCGCGUCAAAUUGGUCUACCCCUACAAAAAUCACAGUGACUGCAUCGAAUGAUUACGUUGUGAGCGGAAGUUCCACUGAGGAAAGCAUCGUGAGAAUUGGACACACUAUUGUUACCGGUGACAGCGGCAACUCAUUUGCGAUGAUCGAUGAAGUGAACGUUCACAUUAGCGAGAACGAUUUUCCUGCCGUUCAUCUCUCCGAGCGCUUUCUUGCAGUUGUUGAGGGACUUCGCAAUGACAGUUACCAGAUUUCUCUACUGUCGCAACCAAGCAACGAUGUCGUUAUUCAGAUGACACCGCAGGAUUUAUUUAUCGAGACAUUUCCGGAUCAAGUGGUGUUUACAACUAAUUCGUGGAACACACCGAAGAUUAUUAACGUGGUGGCAUCCCUCACAGCAUCGACUGCUAGAGCAACUAGUGGCAUUUUUCAUCAGCUUUCGUCGGCUGAUGCAAACUAUAAUGGCAAAAGCGAUCGAGUUUUCCCCCAGAACGAAGUUUUGGUAUACUACGAGCCGCUUGAGAUGGAAUCUUGUGUGGAGCCAUGUCGAGCAGGAUGGUUCCCGCUCGUUAACACUGCAACGGGGGAGUCACAGUGUGUUGGAUGUCCACUUGGAUAUUUCUGUGCGGGAUCCUGUGCGGCACCAGUGGCGUGCCCUAAAGGCACGUCGUCUAGUGUGGAAUUUGCACAUGACUGUGCCCGGCUGGUGCAUCUUGCAGUGAUAAAGAAGCAAGCCCUGAACCUUGUCCUACUGGUUUCUAUUCAGGUACUGGUGAAACGCGGUGCCAUGAAUGCCCAGCGGGAAGCUUCAACAAUGAGACGUUCCAGUCUACAUGUACACAUUGUCCAGAGGGUUAUUACUGCCCUAAAGGCUCAAUUAAUCCUGUUGCGUGCGCACAAGGCACUUAUUCUGUUAAUUCUGGGGCUACACCCUGCGAAAACUGUUCUGCUGGAUAUGCGUGCUCUGAUCCGACAAUCAGACCAGUUGCGUGUUCAAGUGGCACUUACUCUCUCGCGGACAGCUCGACCUGCACGACGUGCCCAAGUGGACACUCAUGUCCAUCUACAGAUCAAGCACCGCAAGUGUGUGGUGCAGGGCACAUACAGCAGCAACGAAAGAGCGAUGUCAUGUCGUACGUGUCCUGCUGGACACAGCUGUGUCGAUGUGAGCCAAUCACCAGUUCUUUGUCAGCUUGGAAGUUACAGCAUGGAGGGCGAUCCCGUUUGUCAUGCGUGUCCAGCAGGCAGCUAUUGUCCUGACCCGUCUAGCGCUGCGUUGAGUUGUGCCACAGGCACUUACUCGCUAGGCAAUGCCACGGUGUGUACUCCGUGUGGUUCUGGCGUGAAGUGCUCGAUUGAUGCGGCUCCGGUUGCCUGCGCUGCGGGUUACUACUCAAUAAACGCAUCAACUCCGUGCAUGCUGUGCGAUGCUGGAAGUUAUUGUCCAUCUACCUCAUUGCCGCCGACGAAAUGUGCUCAAGGUACCUACAGUCGCAGUGGAGCCGUUGCAUGCACAGCCUGCCCGUAUGGAUAUACUUGCACGACUUCAGGAGACCCUGUGGCGUGUCCGCUGGGUCAAACGAACAAUGCGGAUCACUCAGCUUGUAUUUCAUGUCCAAAGGGCUACGAAUGCUCUCCACUGAAGAGUGCAGUCAUGGCGUGUCCUUCUGGAACUUACAGUUUAGAGGGAGAUGAUCAGUGCACACAAUGUCCAAAAGGUUCCAAGUGUGCAACAACAUCAGAAGCUCCUGUUCGAUGUGCCGAUGGAAUGUACUCUACUGCUGGCUCAGUGGAGUGUUUGGACUGCCCUGCUGGCAAGUACUGCCCGCAACCAACUUCGGAUCCGAUCCCGUGUCCUACGUGGUAUUAUGCCGAAAAGGGAAGCACAACUUGCAUCCCAUGCCCCGCUGGAAUGGAUUGUACGUCAUCGUCCAGUGCACCAGUAACGUGUCCAAGCGGAACGUAUAGUUUAGGCACGGCUUCAGCCUGUUUGCCUUGCCCUGCUGGAUUUGCGUGCGUGAACUCAACAACAGCACCAACAGUGUGUGACCCCGGAACUUUCAGCGUUCAUGGCCAGGAUAAUUGUACACAGUGUUCUGCUGGACAUUAUUGCCCACAGUCAGGCCAGACUGUCCAGCUCGCAUGUCUUAAUGGAACAUACGCCGAGCCUGGAGCGACUGUUUGCACAACAUGCCCUGCUGGGAUGCAGUGUCCAGUAACGACUCAAGGAAUCAAGGAAGCGUGUGCCCCAGGAACGUAUUCGCUGGGUGGUCAAGCACACUGCAUCUCGUGUCCGAUAGGGCAUAUGUGUCCACGCGUGGAUGGAAGUCAGAAUGCAGUAUGCGCACCAGGAUGGUACUCGUCUGGAGGAGCAGUGCAGUGUACAAUUUGCCCUGCUGGCUAUGCCUGUCCAGAUCCGUCGACGUCUCCUCCGGCUACUUGCCCUGAUGGCUACUACGGUUUGGCUGGUUCCAAGGUUUGUACUGCUUGCCCCGCUGGUUAUGUGUGUCCGGAUCGAACGACCAAGCUACUUGUUCCUUGCGCUAAAGGAACGUACUCAACUGGCGGAGCGAGCUCUUGCACACCGUGUCCAGCUGGUUAUGCAUGCUCAUAUUCUAACAGCUCCAGUGUCGAGCUGUGUCAGUCAGGAUACUAUUCGCCAACAGGCUCAGGUUCAUGCGUUGAGUGUCCUCGAGGAUACUAUUGCGACAAACCCAACGAAAUGCCAAAGAACUGCUCUGUCGGCUACUACAGUCUGCGCGGGUCUACGAGUUGUUUAGCAUGUGAUCCUGGUUACGAGUGCCCACGAUCCGACCAGCUACCGCAACCGUGUCCUGUUGGCUACUACAGUGAAGGUGCUGUGGCAAACUGUCGUUCGUGCUAUCCAGGAUACAAGUGCAGUCUCGCAUCAACGAACCCGACUCCAGAAGAAGACGCUUGUCCAAUGGGCGGCUACUGCAACCCGCCGACAACAUUUUUCCUGUGUCCUGCAGGCACGUUUGGUAAUGUGACGGCUGGAGAGAGCAUUGAUCAUGCAUGUGCUCCUUGUCCAGAGGGCUAUUACUGCGAAAUGGGAACGACACCACUGACACGGCAGAUAUGCCCCGCGGGGUUUUUCUGCCCGGAAGGCACCAAGCGUGCGUCUCAAAAUCCAUGUCCAGCUGGAACUUUCAAUCCGAAUCAAGGUCAAAAGAGCUCGGAUGUCUGUCAGAUCUGUCCAGCAGGGUCGUAUUGCCCAACUGGAAGUUCACAGCCACAGCCAUGUCCACAAGGCUAUUACUGUUUAGAAGGCACCCGCACGGUGAACCAGUACCCGUGUCCCGCUGGAACGUUUAGUGGCCCGCAGACUGGGUUGACUAUCGGGUCGCAGUGCAACGAAUGUCCACUUGGAAGCUACUGCCCGGAAGCGAGUAGUUCUCCAACAAAGUGCCCAGCGGGUCGAUAUAAUCCAAAAACGGGAGCUGCAGAUGUGCACGAAUGUCUGGACUGUCCGCCUGGUUGGUCGUGUCCUCACGUGGGGCAAAGUGACUACGUGGAUCGAUGCACUAAGGGCCACUAUUGUCCAGGUGGCACAGUACUUGCGACGGACCAUCCCUGCCCUGCUGGAACGUACACAGAGAGUGUCGAGCUCAUCCGAUCUCAAGACUGUACUAUUUGUCCGUUGCGUCACUCCUGUUUACAAGGCACAGGAGGCGAAACACAGACGAUGUUGGAUUGCGGACCCGGCUUCUUCUGUCCGAACGGCACAGCCUAUCCCAACCAGUUCCCGUGUCUACCAGGGACAUGGAGUUCCAGUACGUCGCUAUCACUUGCUGCGGAGUGCGAUAUGUGUCCGCCUGGAAAAUAUUGCCAAGGAGGCAAGUCUUUCAUUGACGGUAGCUGUGCACCCGGUCACUACUGUCCGCUUGGGACUUACUCAAGUACCCAGUUCCCGUGUCCAAGUGGAAAAUACACGGCUAAUACGUGGUUAUUCGAGCCAAGCCAAUGUGACGACUGUCCUCCAGGUUACUACUGUCCUGCCGGGUCUGUGGCACCAAUUCCGUGCAAGGCUGGCAGUUAUACUUCAGUCAACGAUACGAAAACGGUGGGCCCAGCAGACGCAUGGCCGGCAUGUAUCACUUGUCCAGCUGGAUACUACUGCAUUGAAGCCUCUGUGACUCCCAAACCUUGUGGCAGGGGAAAAUUCUCUACAAGUGGAUCAAAAGCAUGCUCGACAUGUGAGGCAGGUUACUUCUGCAACAGUGAGACUACCAGUGCAGCAAAUAUGCGGUCCAAUGCAGUGGGUUGGUCAGCGCCCGGGGCACUUUACGGCACCUGCUACAAUGGCACAUACUGCCCGGCAGGAUCGGAUAGUGAACCUGCGCUUGAAACGGAUGCCUGUCCGCCGGGGUAUUAUUGUCCGACUGCUACCCCUUCACCGAUCAUUUGUCCUGCUGGUACGUACAGCAACCUCACCGGCCAAGACACUAUGAGUGACUGCACACCCACCCCAGCGGGCUACUUCAGUCUGGCCGGUGCGUUGGAGCCUACAGGUGUGUGCUCUCCUGGUUUCUACUGUCCCAUUCGUUCAACCUCUCGAACUCAAGUGCCGUGUCCACCAAGAUACUACCUGAAUCGAACCAUGGGCCAGAGUGAAGACGACUGUGCAGUUUGCGUCUCAGGCUCCUAUUGCCCCAUUGGCACAGCCUACCCGGUCACGUGUCCAGCAGGAUACUAUUGCCGCACAGGAAUAGCGAGUCCAGAACCCUGCCCGAUCGGCACGUACUCUAACGCUACUGGAUUGAGAACUGUGGAUGACUGUUUGCAGUGUCCUCCAGGUAUGUACUGUGAUUCGACGGCACUCACCGUACCAAGAGGUCUUUGUGAUCCUGGUUAUUACUGCACUUUGGGAGCUUACACAUCGGCUCCGAUGAACUACGAGUCGACAAUAUUUGGCGUGACCAAUCGACAUACUGGUGAUCAGUGUCCACCAGGUACUUACUGUCCGUUGGGAUCUUCAUCACCAACGUUGUGCCCGCCUGGGACGUAUAACAAUUUCACAGGAUUGGAAUCUGUGGGUCAAUGCGUGCCGUGUCCUCCUGGUGAAUACUGCGAGACACCAGGGCUACUCUUACCGACUGGCAGUUGUCAUCCUGGUUUCUAUUGUAUCGGAGAAGCCACGAUACCGACUCAAAUGGAAACGCCGGCUGGGUUUUUCUCGCUCGUGGGUGCCGCCGCUCCGUCACCAUGCCCCCCUGGCCAGUUCAAUCUCUAUCCUGCUCAAGACAAAUGUGUGAUCUGUCCUGCAGGUUUCUACUGCGGAUUACCGGGAACUAUUACGCCCACAAUAUGCCCCAGUGGAAAUUACUGUCCUGAAGGUACCGGCCUGCCAGUGAAAUGUUUACCUGGUACUUUUGCAGAUGUCCAAGGUCUCGUGAAAAUUGAACAGUGUGAACCAUGCCCCAGCGGUCAGUACUGCGAUUCUUACGGUCUUUCAGCUCCAAGUGGACCCUGUUUAGCUGGUUUUGUGUGCUCGGGGGCGUCGCCAGUUGCCAACCCUAUGAACCAAAGCUAUGGUUACGUGUGUCCGCCGGCUAGUUAUUGUCCAGAAGGUACAGCGAGUGCAAUACCAUGCCCAGUCGGUUCGUUCCGAGCUGGAACGGGAGGUACAAGUCUGGUAUCAUGUUCGCUGUGUCCCGGAGGCAAACAUUGCAGCCUUACGGGCUUGACCGCUCCAUCAGGUUCGUGCAACCCUGGCUACUACUGCAUCUCCAAUGCCUCGACGCCUACACCCACGGACGACGUGACUGGAGCGAUCUGUCCUGCUGGAUUCUACUGUCCGGAGGCCUGCUCUGCUCCUCUAAAGUGCAGUGCUGGCACGUACGCUGCAGGCAAGGGUCAAGAUAUUUGUGACGAGUGUCCGAUGGGGUACUUCUGCGAUGGCGUAGCAACAAGUACAUAUGAGGAUUGCCCUACUGGUCACUACUGCCCUACAGGCACCGCAGAAUUACCCGUGCCGUGUCCGAUUGGAACGUUUAGCAACGCCAUUCGAUUGACGAAUGUGACGGAGUGUCAAAACUGCACAGCGGGGUCUUUCUGUGCCACUUUGGGAUUGGUGCAGCCUACAGGACUAUGUGCUGCAGGAAGCUUUUGUCCGCCACGAUCAGAGAGUGCGUUUGGUAGAACUACUGACAACGAGACCCACAUCUGUCCUGCUGGUGGUUACUGUCUCGAAGGCACGUACUUGCCUAUUCCGUGCCCUACGGGGACCUACUCGAAUGAUACAGGAUUGGUAAAGGCUGGAGAUUGCGUCUUCUGUGAUGAAGGCUCGUACUGCACCGAUGUAGGGCUAGUUAAACCCACAGGAUUGUGUGACAGCGGCUACUACUGCAAGCGCAACAACACGCAGCCUAACCCUUCCUCUGGUGUUGUGAAGAUCGUGACGAGUGCAACUGAAGGAUCCGAGCUGGCCAUGUACUUUGGCGGACAAGUUUGUCCGAUCGGUUCGUAUUGUCCACAUGGUGCUGUGAGUCCGAUCUUGUGCCCCGAAGGUUCAUACUCCAACGUCACCGGUUCAUCGAUAUGUCUGCCGUGUCCACCCGGGUUCUUCUGUCCUCUUGGUUGCAGCGAUUAUCGGAGCAACGAAUGCCCGAUGGGCCACUAUUGUCCCGAAAGUACACAAAGAGCUUCUCAGUUCCCGUGCCGACCUGGGUCUUUCGGUGAUCGGAAGGGACUACAGGACCUUGUGCAGUGCACGCCAGCUCCUGGAGGUACAUUUAUCGAUGGAUACGCAGCUGUGGAGCCAACAGGGAAUUGCCGUAGUGGGUUUUAUUGUUCAGGUGGAUCUGCUACAAGCACACCAGCAGAAACUACAGCAACUGGUGGGCCGUGUCUCCCUGGUACAAAUUGUCCCGAAGGUUCGGCGGUUCCGAUCGUCUGCGAUGCUGGAGCUUAUUGUUCGUCAACAAAUACCGACGCAGCGUUGCCUUGUAAGGAAGGGUUCUACUGCGUACAAGGAUCUUACACAGCAACGCCGACCGGCCAAAAUAACUCGCUUGGUACGAUCGGUGACGUGUGUACACGCGGUCAUUACUGUCCACAAGGCACUAGCAACCCCAUCCCAUGUCUUCCAGGGACGUAUUCAGAGACCACCCAAAACGUGAACGCAAGCUACUGUCUCCCAUGCUCUCCAGGGUUUAUCUGCAGCGCCUCUGGGAUCGUGACUCCAUUUGAAAAAUGUCCGGCCGGGUUUAUUUGCCCUGGUGGUGAAAGCACAGCCACACAGCUUUGUCAUAAGGGAUCUGAAUGUCCCGAGGGUUCGUUCGAGCCGCGCCCAUGCCCUGCUGGGACAUUCGCUGAUGAAAAGGGUCUUGCAUCCUGUAAAUUGUGUCCUGAAAGAUACUAUUGCGAAGCCGGGAGUUUUACUCCUCUGAUCUGUCCGCAAGGUUACUAUUGUCCACUGCAAACGCCGUCGCCAAGAAAAUAUCCGUGUUUGGCUGGGUCUUUUGGAGAUCAAACAGCGUUGGCAAGCUCAAAGGAGUGUGCGCAAUGUCCACCAGGGAAAUUUUGUUCCGGGUUACCACCAACUAACACAACGUCAGGUGACUGCGCUCCUGGUCAUUAUUGCGUUGGGAAAGCAACCACAUCGGAGCCAAAGGACGCAAUUACUGGAGGUUUGUGUGACGGUGGCCACGUUUGCUUCGGAGGAGCGUGGGUGCCUGAUCCGAUCGAUGGAAUUACAGGACGGAUAUGUGAUCCCGGGUUUUAUUGUCCAGAAGGUUCAUUCAACCAGAUCCGGUGUCAGAAGGGAACGUACAACAGCGUCGAGAAACAAAGCUCCUGUGUUAUUUGCCCGGCAGGUGGAUAUUGCGAUACAAAUUCUACAACUCCAGUACCAUGUCCCCUUCGAUACUAUUGCCCAGAGGGGAUCGAAGAUCCUGUGUAUUGUCCAAAUGGCACUUACGGGCACGAGGUGGGGCUAAUGAAUGCUACUGAGUGCGCUCCCUGUCCUGCAGGCAAGUUCUGUGUAGCUGGAACAGUGACUGCUUCGUGUACUGCCGGGUAUUACUGUAAACUACGAAAUGAUCACCCAAACCCAGUGACAGCAAUUACGAACGGUAUAGCAGAUGAUGACAUCGCGUGGCGGACAGAACUGGGAGGCCCAUGUCCCAUCGGCUACUACUGCCCAGAAGGAGUGCUAGACCCCAUUCCGUGCCCCAAGAAUUCGUCACGUCUUCAGACACUCGGGAUUGCAGAAAGUGACUGUGAUCCAUGCCCUGCAGGGAAAAGCUGCAAUGAUGGUAGCAAUACUGUCCCGUGUCCUGCUGGAUCGUAUUGCCCUUACGGCGUCAGCGAAGUACCGUGUCCGGCUGGUACGUUUAACGGAGCUGAAGGGAAGGCAAAUCGAGAAGACUGUCUACCUUGUGAUGCUGGAAAGCUGUGCAGUCGGACUGGAAUACUGGAUCUAACAGACUACGACUGUCCACCUGGGAACUAUUGUCUACGCGGUUCGUUUGAACCGCAUCCUUGUCCAGCUGGAAAGUAUCGCGCUGUUAGUGGGGCGAAAAGCGCAGAUGAUUGUUCGCAGUGCAUUGGUGGUUCCUAUUGUGAAACUGGAGCUACGCAACCUACAGUAUGCAAUGCUACUACACACUGUCCUGCUGGUGUAGGCUCACCACUUCUGUGCCCUGGCGGUAGCUACUGUCCGUAUAACACAACCAGUCCAGUAACCUGCCCGGAAGGCUUCUUCUGUUCACCCGCCGUUGAGUCGCCUUCGAUCUGUACACUUGGUCACUACUGUCCCAGCGGAACAACAGCACAGAUUCCUUGUCCACUAGGACACCUUGGUCGAACCACGCCCUUAGAUGGAGCGUAUACGUCGCUCUAUUCAUCCUGUGAAGCAUGUCCUCCUGGAACAUUUGGUAUUGAUGUCAAUCGAACUCGUUGCGAUGGGUGCUUGGAAGGAUUCGUCUGUCUUGGAGCGACCAAUUCAAGCCACCCGACAAGUCGAGAGGUUGAUAGAGGAUACCCAUGCCCGCCCGGCCACUAUUGCCCUGCUGGUAGUUCAUUGGAGAUCGCCUGCCCGCGCGGAACUUAUCAACCGAACUACAAAGCCUCAAAGGCAUCGGCGUGUCUGCCUUGCACCGAGAAUUCGUAUCAAAAUUCUGAAGGCCAAGGAAGCUGUUUACCGUGCUCUACGAGCGCCUUUGCCGGAACCGGAGCCACCAAAUGCACGUGCGUUGGUAGCCAUCGUGCCUUUCAAAUGACAGACGGAUACUGUAUCUGCGAACCCGGUUACGAGUUCUACGACCAAGACAUGAUUUUGCGCAGUGACGAAGACGGAGACGUGGAUUGCCAACCGAUCGUGUACGACCGAUGCGGCAGCAAUCAAGUGCGCUCUGACAGCGGGUUGUGCGUGUCUGCGAGCGGGAAAGCUUGCGACGCAACCUGCAACAAUGGUACAGGUACUUAUGUCGCUAGUCUCGGCGUUUGCCAAUGUGAUGAACAGCCUGACCUGGAUACUGUUUGCAACAAGAAAUGCCGUGACGAAGCAACACAGAUUCAAGUUAACAGCAGUACCGGUGAACUGCAGCUCUAUGAUCCUGGUACUGGAGAAGUGCUGCUCUUAUCGGAUGAAGAUAGCACUAGUGGCCUUGUCUCCAAGGUAUCGUGCACGUCAGGGAGCGACUGUCAGCUUCACUCGAUUGCAGUGUCCUCGACUGGGUUUUCAGGUUCUUACGAUCUACCUCCAAUGAUAUCGGACACAACUUCUCGAAGACGACGAUUAUCUACUUCAUCAACUUCGCUUUCAAUCGCGAAUCCGAUGGUGUGUUUGUCCGUGGGAGACGGCUUACUCUUCGACUUGUCUGUGCCUGGUUCAUAUCCGAUCUACCUGAAGGAUUCCAUGCUCAAUACGAAUCCGAGUUUUGAUUACGGAGCCUUCCGCUCGCUUGCUACGAAGGUGAACGCCAACUCAAGUACCGUAUCAGCAUUCGCUUUUUCCUUCACAGAACCAGGGACGUAUGUGUUUGGGAACUCGCUCAACUCAGCAGCGCAGACGAUUGUGGUAGUGAUGAAAGCUGGUACAAGUUGCCCUACGGAAGCCCCGAUUGUUCCGCUCAAUGAGAAGAAUCUGAUCACUGUCAGUGCCAAGCGACGGACUGAUGACAUUAUCUUGGCACCUGACUGGGGGCUUAUCAUUGGACUACUAGGUGGGCUUUUCGGAGUUGUGAUAGCAGUCAUUGGUGGCCUGUACUACUUCCGAGCCAAGAGCUGGACCAACACUGCCGUAAAGAGCGUCAGCGGAUACCGAGCAAAGAAUAAACAGGUAAACCUGUCAGCUAUGCACUCGAAAGGUACUGUAGCUGUGACUACAGAUCCUCCGCAAGAUGGAGAUCUUUUGACGACUGAACCGACGACAACGGCAAAGCAACUUCAGCUUGGAGGGCAAGAACCAAAGAAGGGAGCGACGAUGGAGUACCAUGCAGACUUGGGACGCUGGGAUGAAGAAGACUUGGACCUGCGUGAACUUGUAGACCGACUUCAGUUCCAUCACGAAGCUGUAACGAAAAAUUUCGAGGGUCAAAAAGGAGACGUGAAGCAAUUGAUGCAGCACUUGCAAGCUGAGGCUACUGAACUCAAGAGGUUGUUCGUGAACGCUUUAGUUGCUUCCGGCAUGUCGUCAUCUCCAUAUGCAAACAAAGAGGACCCCAGUGCGUCAGAGACGGCUGAAGCGUCUGAAACUCUGCCGUUAAGUAAAAUAAGUGGACGUCCGCGAUCAAAAAGUGUGGCAGGCAGGGAGAAAUUUCUGUUGGAGAAUCUUGAGCGUGACCUACAAGAGCGUGACCAAUUUGAGCAGAAGAAGACUGCCAUGUUGGGCAGCGUGAGUGCUGGUCUUCGCGAAAUUGAAGGCUGGAGUGGGCAGUUGGCAGAACUUACUGGCGCAAUAGUUCACGAAAUGUCCUCAUCGUUUGAUGAUCGCACACCCGAGCGCACCAGCACAAGUGAGGAAUCUUGUCUCGAGCAUGCACGGAUGGUGCUAGACGACUUGAAGACGUUGUUAGGGUCCGACCCGAUGACACAAACCUCUUCAUCUAUUAUUCACCUUGCAGUGCAGGAGAAGGGCCGACGCGAAGUAGGGAAUUUUGUCUUGGAAGCAUCUCAACGAUACUUCACGCCUCGUUCUGCAGCUCAAGACUCCACUUGCUCUAAUACCGCAAUUCAAAGGCUCCUGGAACUACAUGAUGAUGUCGAGAAAUCCCAAAACAAAGAGGAUGAGGCGCUGUUUGGACCUCUGUCAUCUCUGCAAAAGUUUGGAGCUGCUCUCCCCCAAGUACUCGCUACGAUUGAUGACUUCGAGGCCAGCUUCCGUCGUGAGCUGGAUGCCGUUCGAGAAGAGCAAAAUCCAGUUAAAGAGCGUGCUGUACAAGCUCAAAUGCAAAGCCGUCUUAGCAAAUUGCUGAAAGAAGUUGCCGCUGGAGCUAAGAAGGUGAACGAAAGGCUGGAAAAGGAAGCUCCACGCAUCAUAAAGCUUCGACGCGGAGCUCAACACGCGGAAGAUACACUAAGUACAGCGGUGACAAGCGCAAAAGAGGAUUGGAACGUUGCCAGUCAAGAGCAAAGAGAUCAUACUCGUGUGGUGACAAGUACGCAAGAACCUGAAGUGGCAAGAGUUCAGCCGCUUUUUCCGACUGCAGAAGAUCUGGCUGCAUCAAAACUUCGAGAUGACACACUCUUCCAGAUUAAAGAUCUGUUGGUUGGGCUUACCACACUUCUCCGGUCGAACAGUGUACCCUCAAUGGCAACACUGCAACACUCUGCACAACUGCAAUCACCUCCAGCGCUGAUCGACUCACGAGUAGCGGAUGCAAAACGCAAAGUUGAGAGCGCCACACAACAGAGUGCUUCUGAGUAUGCAUCAGCUCUAGCUACAAUCUAUCCACAACUUUCAGCUGCAGAUAAGGAGCGCUUAUUAGAUGACUUCGCCUUGGAUAUGCGUACAAUUCAGUCGUCGGUAAGUGUGGAGGCUACGCGGACGCAGGCCGAGCUAGCAACAAGACAAGCUGCCACGGAGGCACUUCGUGAGGCUAAAAAGGCCCACGUCCAGCGUCGAGAGCAGGAAGAUGCUGAUGUUCUGCGUGCACAACACGAUGAGGAGGAGCAGUCACUUGAGUCUCAAUUUCGAGAAGAAGAACUGGCCAUCGAGCAAGAAUAUCUCAAAGAGCUAUCGAGUCUGGAAAUGGAGUUUGGAAGUGGCAGUGGCGACGAAGCAGAGGGAGACUUUGCUAAGUCACCAGACUCUUUAUUUCGUGAUUUCGGCGAUGGCAUCGCAGGAGAUGAAAUCCUUCCUAUACAGGUAACUGAAGCUGAAGACAUCGCGGAUAUACUUGACUCUAAGCUGGGUGCUCAAGUUGAUGAUAACGCAGAUAUCAUUGCACAGCUCAACGACGUGUAUUCCAAGGCUUGGAAUGAUCGUGUCCGGAUUCUCGCAAUGGAAGAAACGCUUAAAAAGGAGCAACUCAGCGAACGCCUUCAUCGAAAGAAGAAUGCACAGAAGGGUAACACGGACGCAAUGAUGGAAGAAGCGGUCGAUUCAUCGCAGCCAGACGAGGAACUAAAGGAACUGAUGUUGGAGUCUUCAGAGCUCAAGGAAGAAAUUCUGGAAGGAGUUGUCAAGAAGCAAGACGACAUGGAUAUGCUUCAGCAAGAAGCAGUGGAUAGGGCGGUUGAACGCCUUCGACAGCAGGUUGCGGACUGUGCGAAUCAUGCUACUGAUGAGGAGAGAGACUCACAACAGUCUCGAGAUGCCAUCACUGAGCUGGUCAUUAUAACAAGAAAUGCUGCUGAAGUAGAUAAAGUGGAAGCUGGAAAGGUUAUCGCCCAUGUCGAGGAUGAGCUUCAGAAGCUACAGAUUGAGUAUGAUCAUGACUUCAUGGCUCUCAGAGAAGAAAUCGAGAACGAACGGCUGCGUCUUAAUGCUAAGAUGCAAAGUGCGUUAUCAGCUAAACGUCGUCGUGGCAUCAGGGAAGAUAAGAAGAGGAGCGACGAUGUUUUUGCUGAACGAACUGCAAGCGACAAUGAGAACAGCUUACAGGAGGAGCUGGAGACUCAGCUAGAAGAGUUCACGAAUAAAGCAAUUGAAGAACUGCGAGACAAGCACUUUGAGCUACAGCAGAAGGUGGAAGCUGAGAGGGUUCAAGCAGCAGUCGCUGUGGCAGUAGCAGAUGCCCAACUGGCGUAUCUGGAUGAGUUAUCAAGUAAUGUGCAAGCCAAUCAAGUGACUUCAAAGACGAUAGAUGUUGUGGAUACACCGCGUACCCGACUUGAGGUAACAGGAGACCUUCUAGAAGCUCUUGCUAUUAAAAUUCCCGGUCAGAUUGAACAACAAUUCCAGGAUGAGUUCGAUCAACUGCACGCUGACUACGAGAAGGCACGCGCUCAGCGCAGACAAGAUCUUGAAGCUGACGCUGCGAUGAGGAGAGCUAAACUCAUAGAGAGAAUGAACCGUCGACGACGUGAGAAGGAACCCAGUUCGAGUGAGGAGAAGAGAAGAGGUCAAUAUGCUGGAUCGAUACCUGAGAUACUUGAUAGGCAGGAGCAACUGGAAUUGGCGACGAUCGAUGAGAACCUGAAGGUGGCAAUAGCAGCACUCGACGAAAACGAGAGACAAGGAGGCGAGGCGUUAGCCAAGGCAUUGGCCUCCAGUCUGCACAGAUGUGGGAAGGAGUUUGAAGGGCAGAUUCGUCAGUGUCGACAGCAGCACGAGGUUGCUGCGAGUUUACUAAAGUCAGGAGAUGAUAAAGGUGCGAUAGAGCUUGCAAAGUGUUUGGGAAAUGUUUUGGACGCCAUGGAGCACGAGACAUCUCAACGUGCGAAGACCGCUACUCAAGCUCGUGAGGCCAUCGAACUGGAAAUUGAGCGUCUACAAGACGACAGCUCUAGUGCUUUGGCUGCCCUUACGGUUGCGUUAGACGCUGAGAAACAUCGUCAGGAGCAGCGAUUGAAGCAGCGCAUGAAACAGCGUCGUGAGCAACAGCAAACACAACUUCCAGCCGGUUCCUCUCCAGAAAAAGUUGCUGAAAUGAACGCCGUCCUCGCUGAGCAAGAAAUGGUGGAGAGACAAAAACUGGAAGAUCAGCUGGAGGCUCAAGCUCAGCUCGCAUAUGACGAGGAAAUGGGAAAACAGCGUGAACAUGAAGACCGACUGGCGCAACAACUUCGUGAGGCCACUGUUGCUGAGAUAGCAGCCGCUGCUAGUAAAGAAGCGGUUUCACAGGCUCGCAACGAGUAUUUGAAUUCUGGAAACGAAGCUGAAGUGGUAGCUUUGGUACAGUGGUGGAGAAGUCGACAGCCUUCUACACACUCGGUGAAAGAAGCUGCAAAGAUCGUUCGAAAGCGCAGCGUAGCGUCUCAGUUAACCGCUGUUGAUGCGUUAGCUUCUGCAGUAGAGGUUAGUAGCGCUAGUGGUGUCAAACAGAAUGUGGUGACGGAUACCAUGGCCGCAGAAAUGGAGCAGCAGAUCAAGGCCUUGAAUGCGAGUCAUCUUCGCGCAUGGCAGCAACGGCAGCAGGAGCUUCAGGAGGAAGAAGCGCGGCAGAAAGCUGAACUAGAAAGUCGUCUGCGGCGAAAGCGCGAUGUAAACCUUCAUGCCGGCAGCGGACAGCAGGCUGACAAACACGACGAGACAGAGGACGAACAACUUCACCAGCAGCUCGUGACAGAUGCAAUAAAGCGGAGAUUCGCCAUGGAGGCGGAGAUUGACGCGGAUCUUGAGCUGCUCGCUGCAGCAGUUCAGUUUGCCGGUGUCCAAAGCACGACUGACAUUGAGGCACUACUAGCUGCCUGUCACGCGAAUUUCGAGACCGAGACUGCAGCGCUACGUGAUGCUCUGCGCCUUCAGCGACAAGCACAAGAAGAAGCUCUUCGCCGGCGACUAAAGCAAAGACGGCGGGACAAGCUUCAGGAGCUUGAGAACGCUGGGAAGAGUACUGAUAUUGAUGCUCACGAAGCGCUGGAGGAUUCUUUAAAGCAAGAGGAGACAACGGAGCUUCGCAGUAUUGCUGAAAACGAGACCCAACAGCUCAGCGCACUGCAUGAACGCCUCCGUGGUGAAAUAGGAACUGCUUUUGCUGAAGCAGAUCGCAAAGCUAAGCGUCGCUGUGACGAUGCUAACACAAGGUUGGUUUCGAGUGAAGAGCAGCUGGAUGGAAUCUACCGAGAGCAUGAAGAAAGUAGACGUGCUCUUCGUGAAUCGCUAGGAAUUGAGCAUCGCAGACAACAAGAUAAAUUACUAGAAAGAAUGGCGAAACGAAGGGCUGAACGGCUAGCGGAACUGAAGCGAGAACAUCCGAACGAUCUGUCCGAAGAAAUAGUCCAGAAAGCUAUGCUGGAGUUGAACACUGAGCAUGAACGCGAACGUUUACGACUCGAAGAUGUGAUCAGCGACCAGACUACCAAGGUACUGCAGGAGCUAGACGACAAAAUGCGUGAAAAGGAGACAAGUCUACAAGUCGAGACUCGACGACUGCGCGCUGAGGCUGAAGCCGCCCAGGCAGCACGUGAAGCGUUGACUAUGGCGCAUUGUGCCGAGGUGGAACGAGUUACUCGUGAGUUCUACGCGUGUUUGAAUGGAGAAGUGGAUGUGGAGAAGUUAAAGUCCCAGGAUCGUCGUCGAAGACUUGAAGAGAGACUUGCAGCUAAGCAGUUGAGGAAAACUGAAUUGCCUCCAUCAUCGGAGAGCUCCCAGGGCCCACUAGGGCAGAAGCAGGGGCCGCUUUCAUCGAUUCUACUCGCAGAAACGCAGUCCAUUGUGGUAGACGACUUGGAGAGCCAAUUACAGAGACUGCAUGACGAACAUGAUCGUGAAUGGGGAGUGUUGAAAGCACGUCUUGAUGACGAGACUCGGUUGCGCAAAACUCAGCUAGCGGAGCGGCUUCAACGUAAACGUCAGUCGCUACAAAACAAUGCAGCGUUAUCGUCUGGUGAGAAACAAGCCGCUGAGGCCGCUCUGGGUCGAGAAGCGGAACGAGAGAGUCUCGAAAUCGACGCGUCUGCUGCAAUAGCGACUCGAUCGCUUAGGUUGGUGAUUCUUCAAGUAAAUGAGCAAGCUGCAGACACAUUGACAGCUAGUUUUGCGUCAAAUAGUGACGGCUUAGAAGCAGCGUUGGCAGCAAUUAGAAAGCAGCAUGAUGAGGCGCAACGCAGGCUACGCGAGAGUCUCGAAAUGGAGCGCCGCAAGCAAGAGCAGCUACUGGAAGAAAGACUUCGCCAACGCCGAGCUGGGAGAAAAGCAGGAACGGAGCCGAUGUCGAAGGAAGGCGCCGAAGAAGAAGAAGAGCUAAAGCGUGAGCUGGAAGAGCAGCUUUAUACUCAGGAAGUCCAUGCGUGGACUGCAUUGCGUGAGAGUGAGCAGCAGGAAGUUGACGCCAUAUUGGCACCUCUGGAAGCUGCAGCUGCACAUCGUCUUGAUGAUGCAGACCUGGCAGAGCGGAGAGCGCGUGAAGAACUGGAGCGUAUUGCGCAGGAGCACGACCGGCGCUUAGCAGAUCUGCUGGAAAGUUUGGAGGCUGAUAAGAAGCGCCAGCAGCUCGUACUACGCGAGAAACUGCGUCGCAAACGAGAACAACGUCGAUCUGAUGGCAUCAGUAUGUCCGAUGCAGAAGCCCAGGAAGAGGAGCGUCAGGCCAUGGAGGCUUCGGAAACAUCGUUUGAGGCUAAUCUGGCGAGUGCACAGGCAGAGGCACUGGAAACUCGUCGUGAAAAGGAAACGGACUUGUUAGCGCAGAUUUGUGCUUUGUCUGCUAAAAAAACAGCAGAAGAGGCUGCUCUAACGCUGCUGGAUACCGCUCGCCUCGAAGCGGAGCGUGUGAGAACGGAAUACGAAUCAGCAUUAGCUUCAAGACUACAAGUUUCGGCUGUAGCAGAUGUCAUGGGCCGAGAAGAAAUGGCCAAGCGUCUGGCCGAACGAAGACACAAGCGACGGCAAGACAGAGAGCAGCAGAGUCUGAAGGUUGCUAGCUCCUCAAAGCCUGUUGAAUCGACAGUAAAUGAGCCUGCGGAUGACGGGUCGGUGGAUCGAGAGAUUGUACUCGUGCAGGCUGCUCAUGCUCGAGGCGUGAAGUCUAGACGAGACCAACUCGAUGCGGAGACGACAGCUCGAAAGGAGGCGCUAGCAGCUCGCCUUGAACAUAAGCGACGAGCAGCACAGAAGGGAGGCGACCUAGGGAAGUCUGAAGCAGAGAUUGAGAAGGUUCUGUUGCUUGAAGAACAGCAGGAGUUGGCGGCUAUCGAACAAGAACAAGCAGUGAAGGAAAGAGAGCUUGAACAAGAAGCCGCACGUGAGAAGGAACAUCUCGCGACAGCUCUACGUGAAGCAGAUGAGUGUGGAGCUGCAGACAUUGAGCGGCAGUUGGCUGCGUGCAAGCAAGCUCAUGACAUCGAGUCGGUCAAGUUAGAGGAGACACUUCGAGCCGAGCGUACACGGCAGGAGUUCGCGCUGAAACAGAGACUGAACGCUAAGCGACAACGGAUUCAAGCUGGCAGUGGUGGCGCUACUGACAAAGACAAUUAUGAUACAGAGACUACAAUCGAACAGGAGGCUCAAGUGGCUCAAGCGGAACUGGAGGAACAAGAGAGAUCUGCACGGCAGCAACUAGCAGAGCGACAGCAGCAGGAACUGGCGGGUGUGGCUCGAAAACUGAAGCAAGAGGCUGAAGCUCAGCGCCAGGCUGCGUUCGACGUACAAGCUGCAGCAGAGCGUGAACUCAACAGACUGGAAGCAGAGCAUGCGCGUGAACGCCGUGCAUUGCAGGAGGCAUUGCUAGCAGACCAACAUAAGCGCGAGUCACAGUUACGUGAAAAGCUGGCCAGGAAGAAGGCAACGCGUAAAGCAAAGGGUUCAUCUGAUAAACUGGACGAGGAAGAUGCUGAAGAAGUGGUCGCAAUGGCGGCACUACAAGAAGAGAUCAUGCAGGAGCAGGCUGUGGCAUUAGCCCAAGAACGAGAGAGACAGGAGGCCGCGAUGCGUUUGGUUACUGCAGAACUACAAGAGGCUGCAGCAGCAUCCGCUAAAGCCGCUGCAGCUUCGCGCCAGGCUCAAGAAGAGGCCUCCCGUGUGGCAGCGGAAUUUGAAAGGCAUCGUGGAGAAGCUCAGCAACUUCAGACUGCGGAGGCUGCACAUUCGAAGCGCAAACUCGCUGAUCGCUUAGCAGAGAAGAAAAACAAGCGGCAUCUGAAGCAACAGCAGAAACAGGAGCACGAUGACGCCAGCGUUGCUGCUAAAGGCCUGGAGGACGAAGCCGAACGGUUGCGACUCGAAGCGCAGAUCGAAGCCCAGUUGGUAGCAUGUCGAGAAGCUCACGAUGCUGAAGCUGCCAAGUUACGGGAAUCCUUGCAGGCAGAACGUGAGCGUCAAGAACGCGCGUUACAGGAGCGGAUAGCUCGACGAAAGGAGAAGCGGAUGCUAGCGGAUGCUCAAGCUACAGUAAAGGCUGACGUGAAGGCAGCAGAAGAAGCUGAACUAAAGCAGCAGCAAGAAGAAGAGGCUGCGCUAGCUGCGGCUCUAGCGGCGCAGGAACAAGAAGCCUGGGACGCAAUUCAACGCAAACAGGAAGAAGAUCUACGUGUCCUGCAAGAGCAGAAGCAGCAACAAGAGCGUGAACGUGCCGAGCGUCAACAACAGGCGGCUCAACAGGAGAUGAACCGAUUACAGGAAGAACACGAACGCGAACUGCGUGCGUUGACAGCGUCAUUAGCUCAAGAACAAGCGAGGCAGGAGGAGAAAUUACAGCAACGUAUUGCCCUACGUCGUGCACGAAAGCAACGCCAAGAUGAGGAGGCCAGUGCUAAAGCUCAACAGCAUAGCGCUGAUGCUGAAGAAGAGGCUCGCCUCACUGUUGAGCGCGAUAAGGCCGAAGCUUUAGCUCAGGCUCAAGCUCAAGCAGAAGCCGAGGCAGAGGAGAAAGAACGACAGGAAAUUGCUGCGCGCUUGGCACAGAAGCUGGAGGAGGAGCGUGCUCGACAGAGACGCGAGAAGGAAGAACUGGAGGCGAAACUGACUCGGGAAGCCGAGGAACAAGCUGCAAAGCGAGCAGAAGCGCUAGCCUUACAGCUCCAACAGCAGGCGAUCGAGAUGGCGGACAAAAUGGCUCACGAGUUUAACACGAACUUGCGAGAGCUUCGUGAGACUCAUAGUGCCGAUGGAGCUGCACAGAAGGCGCGACUAGAGGCUCGAAUCGCGGCCAAGAAAGCGCGAAAGCUGAGGGAGCUGGAGGAAAAGCGUGAGCUCGAGCGCCAGCGUUUGCAUGCUAGGCAACAGGAGGAGGCGGAAGAAGCAGCCAAGGCUGAAAAGGAGCGCGAAGUUGCGUUAGCUGAGGCAGCGAGACAGGCUGCAACUCCAGUAACGGAACCGAUUGUGAAUGACCAACCUGCGGUUGUAGCUGUGCUGUCUCGUGCAGAAGACAAAGAUGAAGCAGAUCGACAGCAGCAACAAGAUGUGGCAGCAGUACAGCAGCUCUUUACGUAUGGUCUCGUGCCAGCCAAGCUGUCUCUUCUUGGAGCGGUGGAGCUGGUUGUUGGUGCUCGGCACGAACGGGAAUUGGCAGCUCAACUGGCUGCGCUCGCACCAAAAACCCUUGACAGAGUACGCCAAGCUCUACAAGCCGUGACUCAGCAGAAAGCAGCACGCAAGGCGCAGGCUCUUCAGGAAAUCUCAAGCCGACAAGUGAGCAGUGGCAAUGAGCUGAAGACCAAGGCGGAGAUUGACACUGUGCUAGCUCAAGUUGACUCGGAGUUUGCAGAAAAGUUGAAAGAAGCAGAGUGUAGAGCUACAGAGGAAAGCGAAGAGACCAAGCGUGGCACCGAGAAACGCCUCAAAGAGCGACAGAUGCUCGAGGUGGCAUUUCUGUUGGCUCAUUUCGACGCACAACACUCGGCAGCACUGACUAACGUGCCCGCAGUUGCUACACAUUGUCAACCAGUUCACCAGCAGCAACAGUCUCAGCAACCUCCAAUCACUGCUGCACAACAGGAUGCUGAAGACCUUGUCAAUGAACUUCGGGGUAGACUUGAGCUAGAGGCUGAUGAGCGUCGUCGUGAACUGGAAGAAGAGAAGCAUCUGGAGCUGAGACGUCUAGCCAAGGAAGAGCAGGAUCAACUUGCUGAAGUUGACGCUCGCUUAGCAGCUUUACUCGCUGAAGAGCGUGCAGCGAUGACGCGAUUGCUGACUCCGAGGCUUCAGACGUUACCUGCUGGAGCAGUGAAACAACGCGAGGCGGCGGAGCGAGAGCACGCAGCCCAACUCCAGCGUUUGUCGCUGAUGCUCGAAGGCCGCGGGAAACAACAGAAAGAUCGAGUGCGAGCUCGGAUUGUGCAGCAGAAGGCUCUGAUAGAAGAUGAAUACUGCCGUAAGGCUCAGAUCGUCGUCGCUGUUAUGAAUCAGCGACUCGUUCAAGAGAAGGCUGGGCUGCGUCAAAAGCAGGAACAUCUCGAGAUAUCCCCAGUGAUAGCACAGUUAACUACUCAAGAGCCUCAGCAACAGGAUACAGUUACCUCUCAGUCUCAAGCUGUGCUGACUGGUGAACUGGUAAAGCACCUAGAAGACAUGCUGGAAGAGCGGCUAGCGAAGAUUGAAGCUUUGGUAGCAGAUUUCAAGCAUAGCGUCCUUGAGCCCUCGCCACAAGCGAAUGCUGAACCGAAAGAGAUCGGUCCCGAAGAAGACAACAAAGCUUCUGUCGCCUAUCGACGCGCCGUUGUUGAAGCUGUGGCGGCUGGAUGUCGCUACGAGAAGCAGAAGAGUAACGAUAAACAGUCUUUCGUGGCUUCAUCUGCGUUUGGAGUAGUGGACGCACAUGCUGUGAAUGCAUCGAAGCUCGUACAAGUCUCAGAGAGUAAGCUGGAUGAUCGAAUGCAUGUCCGACAAGACUUCGCGGACCUGUUGCUUCAAGCUGUGGCAGGAAAAGAUGAACCUGUUGCUGUGUUAGCUAUCGUGGAGCACUUUGGACGAGAUAACAAUGGCAGAGGGAGUUAUGCGAGCUUUUCACCACAGAAGAAGGGCCACAACGACAAAGGCACACUCUACCUGUCGCGUGGUGCUCUGCAAGAACUGUCUACGGGGCAAUUGGCGGUGGUGAUACUACAUGCGCUGGCACAAGCUCACGCGAACUCGAGCGAUUUGACGGAACCACAGUUCAUCUCGCACCUGUAUAGCCUGUUGGUACGCUGCUAUCAAGGACUCUUUGCGCACAUCCAACAACAACAAAGGGGGACGUCGGCAGCAUCAACUGGAGUAUCAAGGAAAAGCGUCAGCGCUGGUAGCAAAGCAGAUAAGGCAGUCGGUAUCAGCUCCAAGGUCGUCAGUGGACAAUGGCAAACAAGACUAUUAGAGAUGGAGGGCUUUUUGACACGUAUGGACGGCCAGCAGGCGACGAUCCAGCGGUCACAGAGCAGCCAGUUGCGACUGCUACCGAAACAGCGCGAAGGAGAAAAUGGUGGAGAGGGUUCAGCCAGUUUCAGCUCGGAGCUGUGGCAGCAAGAACAAAUUCAGCUCUUGCAGGAGAAACUGGACACGGCCGAGAAGCUGUAUCUGCAGGUAUUGCGCCAGCAUGAGCAGCACACGCAGACGGUCGAAUACUGGCAGGAUUUGUUAGCUGAGCAGCGAGAUGCUGAAUACGAGGAGGAUGCCUUUGAUGAAGAGGACGAGGAAGAAGGCGAAAAACCUCGCCAGGAAGAUCCAGACGCCGUCGAGCGGCAGCAACAGCGCGAGGCUCGAGCGCAAGAAGCUCAGAGCGAGUUGGAUAGAGCCUCGAAGGUGCUGGAAGCCACACGCAAGGAGCGAGACGAACUAUUCGCGCAGUGUCAACAGCUUCGGGACCAGCUCAACGCGAUGCGGAAGUAA